AUGGUUCUCGGUUUACUCGAAAUGUUCAGGGUUUUCGUCAUCUCGUUGGGAUUUCAAAUGGAAAUGCUGUACAUAAAUUGCGUUUGUGUCUUAAAGGCCUGUUUCAAGGAAAUCAACGAUAAUCUGGAGAAUCUGGGAGAGAUCGUGAUAAAUAAUAUUCCUAGAUGGAUCUAUCAUGAGCAGAGGCAUCCGUUGCUGAUAAAACUUAAGGCUUUGAAGAAACAGCAUCUGACGAUAAGUGACACAGUGAAGAUGCUUAACAUGAUUUUCAGUCUGUAUCUUCUGGCUACCAUAGCGUUGUCCUUCAAGCAGAUAAUAUUCUACGUAUUUACAUUAAUAGUGUGGGCUUGCGAAACUGGCAAAAAUGAAGCGAUAAAAAUUGGUACUACCAUUCACGAUAUACAUAACAGCACCAGCGAUGUACAAAUAAAAGAUGAGUUAAAUUUGUUCUCCUUGCAAAUAUUGCAUUGCAAUAAUAAAUUCUCCGCGAUAGGUUUCACUAUAGAUGCAACGUUGCUUACUGCGAUGGCGUGUUUCAAGGAAAUCAACGAUAAUCUAGAGAAUUUGGGGGAGAUCGUGAUAAAUAAUAUUCCUAGAUGGAUCUAUCAUGAGCAGAGGCAUCCGUUGCUGAUAAAACUUAAGGCUUUAAAGAAACAGCAUCUGAUGAUAUGUGACACAGUGAAGAUGCUUAACAUGAUUUUCAGUCUGCAUCUUCUGGCUACCAUAGCGUUGUCCUUCAAGCAGAUAAUAUUCUACGUGUUAGCAUUGAUAGUGUGGGCUUGUGAAACCAGCAAAAAUGAAGCGAUAAAAAUUGGCACUACCAUUCACGAUGUGCUUAACAGCAUUAGCAACAUACAAAUCAAGGAUGAGUUAAAUUUAUUCUCUCUGCAAAUAUUGCAUUGCGAUAAUACAUUUUCCGCGAAAGGUCUCACUAUAGAUGCAACGUUGAUCACUAUGAUGGUGAGUAGCGUUUCCAUAAAUUUCAAAGUCAAGUCAAGAGCCAAAACGAAAAGAGAUAAGUGGAAGUUGUUUCAUGCCACCGAUUUUCAAUCUUUGAUGUAUCCCAACUUUAUCAUAAGCAAAAUUCUCGGAAUAUUCCCAUACAGAAUUAAGGCUACGUCUUUUGAAAUUUCUAAACCGCGUUAUAUUCUAUGGACUAUUAUUUUCUGCGUAAUCUGUGUUUAUGAGUUGACAAUGUUGUACAAACUCAAUCUUCUCUCUGAAAAAAUCAAAGUUGAAGUACCCAAGAUUAUCUCGUUGAAUUUCUCCUUUUUAUAUGGAUUUUUUGUAACGGUCAUCUCUUAUGUCUUGAGCGGUCCGCGAAUGCGUUUACUUCAGACUGUAUCAGAUAUUUCUUCAAGAUUGCCCCAGAAAUCAUAUCAAAAACUUUCCAAAUUAAUACACGCUAAGGACAUAUUCGGAUUUUUCUUUCAUUUCUGGCUAGCGUUAAUAUAUUCCUUAUAUUCUGAAACGACGAUUUUCGGUUUACUCGAAAUGUCCAGAGUUUUAAUAAUCUUAUUGGCAUUUCAAAUGGAUAUGCUAUACAUAAAUUGCGUUUGUGUCUUAAAGACAUGUUUCAAGGAUAUCAAUGAUAAUCUGGAGAGUCUACAAGAGCUCGUGAUGAAUAAUAUUCCUAGAUGGAUAUAUCAUAACCAGAGACAUCCGUUCUUACUGAUAAAACUUAAGGCUCUGAAGAAACAGCAUCUGAUGAUAAGUGACACAGUGCAGAUGCUUAACAUGAUUUUCAGUCUGCAUCUUCUUGCUUCUAUAGCUGUAUCUUUCAAGCAGAUAAUAUUCUACUUGUAUUUCAAUGUAAUACAAUGGCAAAACGGGAUAUCGUUAAAUCGAGACAGGAUUUAUAAUGCAUAUUUCAUAUCUUUCUUAAUAUAUUACUUAAUAAGAUUGACAUUGAUAGUGUGGGCUUGUGAAACUGGUAAAAAUGAAGCGAUAAAAAUUGGCACUACCAUUCACGAUGUGCUUAACAGUAUCAGCGAUGUGCAAAUUAAAGAUGAGUUAAAUUUGUUCUCCUUGCAAAUAUUGCAUUGCAAUAAUACAUUCUCCGUGAAAGGUCUCACGGUAGAUGCAACAUUGCUCACCGUGAUGGUGAGUAGCGUUUCCACAUAUCUAUUAAUCUUGAUACAAUUUUUGAUCAUGACGCAUUCUUGCGACAGCAAAGCAAAUGCAAUUAAUUAUACACAAACAGUUUAA